GUCUUAAAAUACAAACUACUAACUCUAAUGUGCUUCUUCUGUAGCUGCUGCUUAGAAAGACGCAAUGUUUUCUGUUACGUAGUCACUUAUUCAUCUGCACUGGACGAGUGAAACUGCAGGUCAGCAGGUAAAACUAACGACAGUGUACAUAACGCAGGAUGGAGCUGCGGCCACUCGUCAUGUGUUUUGCCCUCUGUGUGGUUUACGCCACUAGCAAGCCCACAGAGAAGAAGGACCGCAUUCAUCACGACGAACCCCUCAGCAACCGAGAGCACGAUGAUGCAGAGAACUUUGACUAUGACCAUGAGGCUUUUUUGGGACAAGAUGAGGCCAAGACCUUCGACCAGCUUACACCAGAGGAGAGCAAGGAGCGGCUCGGCAUGUUAGUUGAACGUAUAGACGAUGAUAAGGACGGCUAUGUGACAGUUGAGGAGAUGAAGAAGUGGAUCAAGCACGCUCAGAAGAGGUGGAUCUACGAUGACGUGGAUAGACAGUGGAAGAGUCACGAUCUCAAUGGGGAUGGAACAGUGUCCUGGGAGGAGUACAAGAACGCCACAUACGGCUACAUUCUUGAUGAUCCCGACCCCGAUGAUGGCUUCAGCUACAGGCAGAUGAUGGCUCGCGAUGAGAGGAGGUUCAAAAUGGCCGACGAAAACAAUGACAUGCAAGCCAACAAGGAGGAGUUCACAGCCUUCCUUCACCCCGAGGAGUACGACCACAUGAAAGACAUUGUAGUGCUGGAAACCAUGGAAGACAUUGACAAGAAUGGAGAUGGUUUAAUUGAUUUAGACGAGUACAUAGGUGACAUGUACAACCAGGAGGGAGACGCUACAGAACCCGAGUGGGUGAAAACAGAGAGGGAGCAGUUUACUGAGUUCAGAGACAAAAACAAAGAUGGGAAGAUGGACAAGGAAGAGACCAGAGACUGGAUCCUGCCAAGUGAUUACGACCAUGCCGAUGCUGAGGCCAAGCAUCUGGUUUAUGAGUCAGAUACAGACAAAGAUGGCCGUCUGACCAAGUCCGAAAUCGUGGAUAAGUACGACCUGUUCGUUGGCAGCCAGGCGACCGACUUCGGAGAGGCUCUUACUCGACACGACGAGUUCUAAACAUCCACCUGCCUCCAAAGACUGUGUGUUCAUCAUUUGUACCACCUUACUCCUCCAACAGCGAACGGAGUAUUUCAAAUGAGAUGAGCUCGUGUAAUCCAACGCCACGGACAAUAAUUUAUUUGAUUUCUUGAAUGUGUCCCAUUGUACACACGCUAACAUUCUAAGUAAUGUGUGUGUCCUCAUGCUAAGUUGUGCGUAAUAUUGGGAUACCUCGCCAGCUUUUGUUCUGCUUCCACAAACUACUACACUUGCCUUUUCCAGGUCAGGUCAAAGGACUGGUGUGUUAGAUGACACAUGUUUUUUUAUGAAAUAGCCAUGUAUUGUUAUGAAACCUUGACAGAACAAGUAUAGGCUUGCAGUAUACAAACUAGUUUAUCAUUUCUUAUUGCAAUGCACUGGACUGUGAAGAGUAAAGCUGAUUUCUAGUCAACAGAAUUUGUUCUACUCCUCUGUCUAAUCAUGUAAUCAGGCCCACUUGUACUCAUGUCUUUAUUGAUCAUAACGUGGUAUUGCUGGAGAUGUUUGAUACGAGGAGUAAAUAUUAAAUCCCAGUGACAAUGAAGACUAUUUGGACUAGUGCAAUACAGUAUCAUCAGUGGGACCACACUGUUUGCUAUACCGGUCCCCAAAGCAUCCAUGUUAACACAAGCUCUGGCUCCUCUGUAAGGACGGGUUGUGUUAGAUGAAGAAUCUAGAUUCAUUUCGAGACUUGAUGGAUGCUUUGUCCUCAAAGCUGCCUCCUUUCUUCUUUCUCGUCACCUCAAUAAUUUGUGUGUGUGUGCGUGUGAACUUUGUGUGUGUACAUAUAUUACUUGUAUUCUUGAUGAGUGACUUCCCUUUUUUUGAUGUUAUGUGUUAUUUGAUUCAGCCGAACUAACUAAUUUGUGUGCCAAGCAAAAUUAUUUUUAAGCAAAAAAACAAACAAACAGUUUCCACCCAAAAACACCUUUCCUUCCUAAAUGUAUGCUUGUAUCACUACCACCAUUUAUAACCACUGUUGAUACUUUUUAUGGUAUACUAUAAUGUAUAUGAUAAUGUUUUUUUACAUGCUCACUGAGGUGACCACCCUUUAACUAGUGACUUUACUGUAAAUAAGUUGUUGGUCUACAAAAAGAGCACUCUAACAAUCAGGUCCAGUUUUUGUGAUUGAGAAGAAUGUCUCAAUAAAAACAAAUAAACUUGGA